AGGGCUCCACCCUCGGCGGCCCGGGCUAGGGUGGCGGCUGGCCCAGUCGGGCCCCCGCUGCCCUCUGCCCUGGGCGCUGGGUCGGAGUGGGCCCGGCUCGCAGGGGCCCGGCUGGUGCGGCGAAGAUGGCGUCCAGCAGGCGCACCCCGCGCACGGGACUGCUGGAACUGCGCUGCGGGACGGGCUCGGGGGCCGGCGCCGAGCGCUGGCAGCGGGUGCUGCUCAGCCUGGCGGAGGACGCGCUGACCGUGAGCCCCGCCGACGGCGAGCCGGCCGGCCCGCGGGAGCCAGAGCCCGCGCAGCUCAACGGCGCCGCCGAGCCGGGCGCGGCGCCCCCGCAGCUGCCCGAGGCGCUGCUGCUCCAGCGGCGCCGCGUGACCGUGCGCAAGGCCGACGCGGGCGGUCUGGGUAUUAGCAUCAAAGGAGGCCGGGAGAAUAAGAUGCCCAUUCUCAUCUCCAAGAUCUUCAAGGGCCUGGCAGCUGACCAGACAGAGGCCCUCUUUGUGGGCGAUGCCAUCCUCUCUGUGAAUGGGGAAGACCUCUCCUCUGCCACCCAUGACGAGGCGGUACAGGUGCUGAAGAAGACGGGCAAAGAAGUGGUGUUGGAGGUCAAGUACAUGAAAGAGGUCUCACCCUAUUUCAAGAACUCUGCUGGUGGAACGUCAGUUGGCUGGGACUCACCUCCUGCCUCACCCCUUCAGAAGCAGCCCUCCUCUCCUGGCCCCCCACCCCGGGACCUCAGUGAGGCCAAACAUGUGCCCUUGAAGAUGGCCUAUGUCUCAAGGAGGUGCACCCUUACUGAUCCAGAGCCCAGGUACCUGGAGAUCUGUUCCGCAGAUGGCCAGCACACCCUCUUCCUGAGGGCCAAGGAUGAGGCGAGUGCGAAGUCAUGGGCAGCUGCUAUCCAAGCCCAGGUCAACACUCUUAUGCCGUGGGUCAAGGAUGAGCUGCAGGCACUGCUGGUGGCCACCAGCACAGCAGGGAACCAGGCCAUCAAGCAGAUUGGCUGGCUGACAGAGCAGCUGCCCAACGGAGGCACAGCCCCCACCCUGGCCCUGCUGACGGAUAAGGAGCUGCUCCUGUACUGCUGUCUCCCCCAGACCCGGGAGGCCCUGAGCCAGCCCGCCCGCAGCGCACCACUCAUCACCACCAGGCUGGUACACUCAGGCCCCUCCAAGGGCUCGGUGCCCUAUGACGCAGAGCUCUCCUUUGCCCUACGCACGGGCACGCGCCAUGGCGUGGACACCCACCUGUUCAGCGUGGAGUCUCCGCAGGAGCUGGCUGCAUGGACCCGUCAACUGGUGGAUGGCUGUCACCGGGCUGCCGAGGGUGUGCAGGAAGUGUCCACAGCCUGUACGUGGAACGGCCGGCCUUGCAGCCUCUCUGUGCACAUCGAUAAGGGCUUCACGCUGUGGGCUGCUGAGCCAGGCGCCACUCGAGCAGUGCUGCUCCGCCAGCCGUUUGAGAAACUGCAGAUGUCCUCAGACGACGGAGCCAGCCUCCUUUUCCUGGACUUUGGGGGCACUGAAGGAGAGAUUCAGUUGGACCUGCAUUCAUGCCCCAAAACCAUGGUCUUCAUCAUACACUCCUUCCUCUCUGCCAAAGUCACCCGCCUGGGGCUUUUGGCCUAGGACGUCGCAGGAUGCCCAGCCCCGAAGAGCACCUGGCCUGACCUGGCCCUCCGUGGACUGCCUGCUCACCACUGGACUGACGGAAGGGAAAAGGAAGGAACAAGGGUGCAGAGACCCAGCCCUGGGGGUGGGUCGUCUUGGAGGUGCAGGGGUGGAGACCCAGGACAGAGUUAAUCCUACCUGUGAUGGGGGAGGUUUCCUACCCCCUUCCCCUCUCCCCACCAGUGCCUUUUGCAGAGUGAUAUUUUGUGUACACAGAAGCCAUUCCGAGCCUGGAAACUGCUCCUGUAGAGAUCCUGAGCCCAGCCAACAACUGCUGGGCCUCCUCGAGGCCCCCAAGCCAUUCCCAGGGGCCCCACCUGAAGCUGGAGCUCCCUGGGAUGCAAGGCAAGAGAAAAAGGAGCCUUUCAGCUCUUUUCUCCCCUCAGCUCCACCACUGUGGGGGCAUCUGGUUUUACUCUUUGUCCUUUCUCUUCAUUAUCUUGGAUGAAUAAACAGCCUGUAAGCAUG